AUGUUACCGGAAAGGAAGGAGCACGGGGGCGCACUGACGGAAGACCGGCACAGUCCCCGAGCCAUCACCAGGGCCACGUGUCUGAGCACCCGCCCCGUCCAGGACUUGGGGGGAGACUCGGAGAAGGGACCAGAGGGCGAGCGUGGUGUUGGGGGACAGCGGGGAGGCUGCUGGACCGACCAGGCGGGAGAGGAGGGGGCUGGACAGGCAGGGCGCAGAGACUUGGGCGGGACCGCGAGAGCCAGGGCCCGACCCCAGGGCGUCGGGUCCAGCUGCCACCUCUCAUGCACAGCCGCGCCUCCCACCUGCUCGUCGGGGCCUGGCCCGGGCAGGGGGAGGGUCUUUGGGGGGCGGGGGGCCGUCUGUGGGGCUUGUCUGAGCCCGUUUCUCCUCGGGUCAGGCCCCCCAUCAGCCCGAACGCUCCCGAGGCCCCGGAAGAAGCGCACCGUGUACCUCAAGGAACAGCUGCAGGAGCUGGAGAAACACUUCUGGGCCAACCGGUACCCGAGCUACCAGGAACGCGUGGCCCUGGCAGCCGGGCUCAACCUGGACGAGCACCAAGUGCAGGUGUGGUUCAAGAACCGCCGGGCCAAGCACUCCAGGCUGCCCAAAGGGCGAGGUCGGGGAGCCCACAUGGCGCCAAGGGACCCUGGAGCCCCCAACUCCCGCUCUGUCGCUGCCCCUGUCGACGAAUCCGCCCCUGUCCCCGAAUCCGUCCCUGUCCCUUUUCCUGUGCCUGCUCCUUUCCCUGCCCCUGUCCCUGCUGGCCCCAUGUUCCCAGGGACCCCAGGCGUCUGCAGCCCCGCUCCGCACGGCCCCUCGAGGAUGCACCCAGCAGCAGAGCCCGGCACCUGCGGCCGGGACCAGGCCUGGUGGGCCUCAGAGCGGGGCUCCCAGGAGUCCGUCCCCGCCCCCGCCUGGCCUCAGAACUCCUUUGGCGCGGACUUUGUGCCAGACCCCUUGCUAGCCCCCAAUUCCACAGCGGUCUUCUCACCCCAAGACCCCCUGGAGGGACCCUCUGACCCCGUGAUGUCCAGGUACCAAGAAGAAGGCCCUGCAGAGGACGACUCGGAGCUCAUGACGUUACUGAAUUUAUAGGGGAAUCUGCCCCCCAAAAGUCCUCGAGUUCCCGCGGAGCCAGAGGGGACUAGGGUGUCCCGGGCCCGCCCACCCCGCGUCCACGUGGGUGGGGACGUCGCUGGGGGGCGGGGGGUGGUCCGGCCGCGCAGCCGAUCCCUCCCCUGUGGCGGGAACACACCUCGGUC